AACAGAUCCAACCUAUCCCUACAUUUUCCAUGGCCAACCCACUGAUCUUGCACAUCAUUGUGGACUGUAGGAGGAACCUGGAGCACAGGGAGGAAACCCACACAGGCACUGGGUGAAUAUGGAUAGCCACCCCAGAUUGGAAUCAAACCCAGGUCCCUGACCACUGUGCCACCCCAGAGGUGUGUUAAGAACAUCCCUGAUUCAGGAAAAGCAUCCAGAUCUGAAUCUGCACGGCAGAUUCACAGUCUGCUUUAUGAUUUCAAAAAAUAUAUUCGGAAAAUCUCUUGGCGUGUGUACAUUGUCACAAAAGCAGUUCGGUUCUGCGUCGAGGAAACAAAGGUGGGAAGUUUUACUGUCCAAACAAACCAAAGGGCAUCUCUUACACAGACAAGACGACACCACAGCCCCAGGCACAUGGGUGAGUUUGCUGGAGAAGGAACUGGCUUGUAUUUCCUUAGAGAAAGAAUCGUUUUGGACCGGGGCAUCGACUACCCCUCACCGCCCAGCAACAGCCGGAGCCCGAGAACCCCACUUUGCUGAUCGAGAGAGGGCAGUAGAUGUGAAGUGGUUCAGUAUUGAGCUACAGACUGUAGAGUGAGGAGCAAAUUCACCUUCCCCACCACCCCGCCCCCCCAACCCCGGCUCUCCCCGGAAUGUGAUUGGAGUCUGUUUGAAAUUGUCUCUACGAUGCUGUGAGAGCCGAUUACCUGUGACUGAUCUCGAUUCCCCCCACCCACCCCCUUCCUCGUAUCGGAACAAAAGUCAUGUCUCGCCCAGCCGGGGCAGGUGUAUCGGUUACUAAUCGGAGACGUAUCGAAUCGAUUAGUCGCGGAGGAGGAGCAGGGGCGGCAAUGCUGGAGGUGGCCACCGAUUCCGGGCUCUGGGCGAGGGGGAGAGCGGACCCCGGCUCCGGUAUCGGUGCAGGUAUCGGCGCCGAUGUGAACUUCACGAGCGACGAGAACCCCCCGUUCCUCACCGACUCCUGGUUGGUGCCUCUGUUCUUCGCGUUGAUCAUGUUGCUGGGACUAGUCGGAAACUCGCUGGUGAUUUAUGUGGUCAGCAAACACCGGCAGAUGAGGACAGCCACCAACUUCUACAUCGCAAAUCUAGCAACGACAGACAUCAUCUUCUUGGUUUGCUGUGUUCCAUUUACAGCCACACUUUAUCCGCUGCCCAGCUGGAUAUUUGGAGACUUCAUGUGCAAAUUUGUCAACUACUUACAGCAGGUGACUGUCCAGGCGACAUGUAUCACGCUCACUGCGAUGAGUGUGGACCGCUGUUACGUGACUGUUUAUCCACUCCGGUCACUGCGUCACCGUACCCCGAGACUAGCAAUGGCAGUCAGUGUGGUCAUCUGGAUCGGCUCCUUCCUUCUGUCUGUCCCCAUGGCAAUGUACCACAGAUUGGAGCAGGGCUACUGGUAUGGGCUGCAGACUUAUUGCAUUGAAGCAUUUCCGACGGUAUUGCAGCAGAGAGCCUUCAUUGUGUACACGUUUGUCGCAGUCUACAUGCUUCCCUUGCUCACCAUCUGUGUGUGCUACACUGUCAUGUUGAAGCGAGUGGGCCAGCCCAUGGUUGAACCCAUCAACAGCAACUAUCAGCAGGUCCCCCACUUGUCAGAGAGGUCGAUUGCUAUGAGAACCAAGGGUUUCUACAUCAACUUCCAGGCCAACUAUGAGACCUACAAGAUCAAAACCUGGGCCAACUGCAUGUCGUAUGCUAACUCUUCAAUCAACCCCAUUGUCUAUGCAUUCAUGGGUGAGAGCUUCAGAAAGUCCUUCAAGAAAGCUUUCCCCUUUAUGUUUAGGAAAAGAGUGAGAGACAGCAGCAUAGCCAACGGCUCCAGAAAUGCAGAAAUGAAGUUUGUCACAGAGGAGUCUUAAGUUCUUCGAAGAUGACGACUUAUUUGAAAACCAUAGAAUUAUCAUUUACCAAAUGGCAAACAGAAAUUCCUUGUUAUUAACUUGUAAUGCCUGUUCUUGGAAAUAAUGAGCCUGAUAAUGACAUUUGCCUAAAUUUUAGAUCAAGAUCUUGUGAGUAAUUUCCAUUUGGAGGCGAAUUUACUAUUCAGCCCGACAACUUAAUUCAGCCUCGAUGGGCUGAAUGGCCUCUUCACUGUGUGACUCUAAGCCCAUUCUCUCCGCGACUCAUCUAUCGUACUGUCCACUCAGCCCAACUGAUCUGUUUUGGAGUUUAGCUAAUCCAGUGAUCUAUUGCAGCUGUAUUGGAGCUCCCUAACUCUCUUGUCAUCUAUCCGACCCAACUCACAGUCAAUGACAGACAUCAGUCAUCUAACUUGCAGUGUUCAAAUGAAGUGUGACUGCAUGGCUUCUUGUUGUCAAGUAAUUGUGUCAACUCCAGGACGAUUACCCUCUAGAUAUUCAAAAUGCUUUGUCAGCCAAGACUGGAGCUAAACAGGAAGCACACUCCAAACUGUGACAUUCUAGGUUAGCUACGGGAUUAAUGGAGGGGAGGAAGAUGGUAAAAGUUAAUAACAGGUUGCAAUUUAUGUGUCGGGGGCAAGUGGGUCAAGCAUCUUUGACUUGUGCCUGAAGAGACAACUGCAGGUGGAGGUGCCCCAUCAGAAAAGAGGUUGCAACGUAUUGUGUAAGAGGGCGUUUGCAUUCGCAUUUACCAGCAAUUGUCUUUUACACCCUCUGCACUUUUAAAGGCAGUUAGUUACUCUUAACAGUGUACCUUCUUGUUGUAACUUAGAAAUAUUCCAGCCAUUUUAUGCUCAAUAAAGGGUUACCAUCAACAAUGGAAA